AUGAACGGAAUACUGUCCCGGCUAAAUGCCGUGUUCGCCUUUGGCAUGUGGGUCUGCACUGGCAUGACAUUUUUAACAUUUCUCGUCACCGUUGGAAUCGAUAUGACGAGGCCGCACGAUUUGGCGAUUCACGAUGCGAAAGUUACUCUUACACGCGAUCCCCACGGUCCUAAUAUCAAGCAAGAUCUUGCGUCUUUUCAUUUCGAUUUGGAAGUCGACCUGACUCCCCUCUUCCACUGGAACAACAAGCAACUUUUCCUGUACAUUCUCGCCGAAUACGAAACGCCUCAAAACGACAUCAACCAGACGGUCGAAUCGAUGGAAUCCGGAAAAAAGGCGGCCGGAUUUGUGACCGACUUUGAUUUUCUCAUUCAUAGAAUCAAGGAUGAAGGAGAAGAUCGAGCGGGAACCUAUUCCACAUUCACGCACAUGUGGCAGGAUUUGGAAAUGUACAAGAUUUUUGACGGACGAACGAGUGAGUCUGACAAGGCUGACUUUAUUGAUGCUUGCUAUUCCUGCGUCGUUCAGUUUCUAGUGCUAAAGGAUGCGGAUCAUUUGGUGAGAUCAACCUGUAUCUACAUGCUUUUGGCUCUUUAUACAACUCAGACGAACAAAACCAAGCGCGGCAUUCGAAUGACUCCUGCUCAAUACAAAAUUCUUUACGAAUUUGCGAUGGAAAGCUUCCAUGAAUACGGUUUGAGGGACACUUAUGCGGUCUUUUGGCAAUUACACCAUCUUGGAGCUUUUGAAUUUCCAACAACUCAUACACAAAAGCUCCUUGGAACAUCAGAUGUUUGGCAACACGCGAUUAAUUCUGACGAAGUUAGUCCAGCGCUGCUGAAUGUUGUCGACGAAAUAUCGGGCGACUUCGACGAGUCGCUUUCCUUCGCCGUGCAAAAUCUACGAAUGACGUUUGACGCGUACAAAGCCACGAUCCAACGAGUUCACGAGUGUACCCCUCCUGAUGCGGAUAUGAUCUACUACAAGUGCGUCAAUAAUCCGGCAGAUAUCGUCGACCGCACAAGACAGCGUAUAAUCGACAGGGCGAGAGAAACGGAACGGAUCAUCGCCGGUGUGCCGAGUUUAGACGAUGAAAAUAGCAUCUACAAUCGAAGACAGCGAAUUCGCCAUGCAGCCCAGACAUCCCGCGUUGCUAGAUGUGCAGUGGCUACUAUUGAUAGACCUGAGGAUGAGCAAGUGAGCCCGAGCAAAGAAGAACGAAAAAUUGUUGUGCGGAAGCAUCAAACCGUCGAAACUUUCAAUCAGAAACACCUUGUUGAGAAACAAAGCUUCUUUCCCAAGGGAAACAAGAGUAUCUACCCCUCAAAGGAUCUAGUGGAGAUCGCCAACUCGACGAAAAUAAAACGCGGAAGACCGUUUGUCGUUGACGUAGAAAGCAGAGUAAUCCAAAAAGGACAAGUGGGCCAGUGGCACGUCAGAAAGGAUAAGUUGCGCGCUGAGUCUGAAAGUGAAGCGGAAACUCUCAUCUAUGUCUUCAGCAAUGUUUACCCCCGAAAAAGAGAUAAAGUUCAAACUGAAAUGGAGCGAGAAACUCGACUUGAAGAGCUUGAACAAGAGCGCAAAGAACUCGAAGCUGCUCGUGAACAAGGUGUCGAUAAGAAGAUCAUCGAGCAGAAAGAAAAAGAGUUCAGAAAGAGAGAAAAGGUGAUUCAAAUGAUGGGCGAAGAUGAAGAGCCGAAAUUUGUUGGAAGACCGAGAAAGGAUGAUCCGAAGAGGGAGGAAAUGAGAAAGCCCGGGCCAAAGAGUGAGCUUCAGAAGAAGAGAAAACUCGAGCAGGACUUGAAAAAAUUCGAAGAAAAACAAAUCAUCAAAGAACAAAAGCGUCGAGCGAAGGAAAUCGAAAGGGAGGAAAAGAAAAGAGCGAUGAAAGCGGCAAGAGAAGCAGAAAAGGCUGCGAAAGAAGCGAAAAGCCCUCCGAAGAAGAAGAGAAAAGUCAAGACUGACGAAGAAAAACGAAAAGAAAAACGCCUUUCUGAAGAGAAAAAGAAAAUUAAACAAGAAGCAAAUGAGAAGGCUAAAGCGGAGAAAGCAGCAAAGCCGAAGUACCAGGCGCAUUUGGACUUCGACAAUUUGAAAGCAGGUGAUUUCUUCGAGACGGAUGAUCCGGAAAAUUCAUCGCCUCAAUUGGUAAAAAUCAGCUUUGUUGAUAAAUCGUCAGAAAGCGUCCGUGGAAUGUAUUGGGAUAUCGAGCCAGGAGAAGUCGGAAUGGCGCUUUAUGAAAGAACAUGGAAACCGUCGAAAGAAUACGACUGCGAAAUUCUCUUCUGCAGCGAGGAUUUCGCGCAAAAAGUGUACAUGCGAAAGGUUAUGCCAGGAGCUCAUCCUGCCGCUGGCAUGAAGCUUACUGCCAAAUCAGCUGAUCACAUCAAACAGCGAUGGCCAAAGCUAAAAGGAUAG